CAUUUAAGUAAGCACGAAACAAGAACAUAAACAUAAUCGUCGAACCAAUCGUCGGCCUUUAGAUAUUCAUAUCUAAUAAUGGUAGGUACCUAUCAGGCCGAAAUGAGCGUAUCGUUUAUUGUCUCAGAGUAGUUCCGCGGAGUGCAUCGCGACAGAAGGACAGAACAGCCGCUGAUAAAAGAUUAUAGCGGGUGUAGUAUCAGUUGAUCCUCCAGUGAGUGAAGACUCCCUAGACACGCGGAGGAAUCAGAUGUAGGAGUGAGUUAAUUGAAUCAGUUCAACGAACGUUUUCCGUCGUUGAUUGCGGUUCCCUAGUGAAUCUCUGGACGCGCUACGCAGUGAAAGAGUGACAAAUGGUAGUGAUGAGGACCAGCUAAAUGGUGAAACCUGCUUUGUGAUUGAUACUAGGAGAAAAUAUGGAAAUGUACAGAUUAAUCUGUUGCACCCUGUCUAUAUGGCUGUGUAUGUCACGCGUCCAUGGCGAGUCCUCCUUGGGAAUGGGCAUGGAGGUGUUGUCCACGAAACUGACCCAUUGCAGCCAUGAGCGGGCGUACGACAUGUACGGGGCGUACUGCGCGGGGCUGCGGCUCAGCGAGAUACCCAGUUUGAAGAGCGGCAUUGAGAUUUUGGACUUCAGCGACAACAAAUUAAAUGAGAUCCAGCCCGACACACUGUCCAGUUAUUCAAGCAUAAAGUACCUCUAUUUGGGGGAAAACCAAAUAUACCGCAUAGAUAAGGAUGCAUUCGCAUCUCUGCCAUACCUACAAAGCCUGGACCUCUCGAACAACGUCAUUCUGGAGCUACCAGAUUCUAUUUUCCAAUUACCGUCACUACGCAAUCUGUAUUUGAAGAAUAAUCCUUUGAUUCACUUGAGUAUAGGUAAACUGCAUCUGAGCAGGCCGAUAAAAGCACCUUUGGAGCUCUUGGAUAUAUCAAAUUGCAAGUUUAAAAGCCUUCCAAACUGGGGCACCCUACCGCACCUGCUGCAGUACAACGUGUCGCACAACCCGCUGCAGCAGCUGGAAGCGCAACAAUUUGCCGCGAUGUGCAACCUGAAGAAGAUUGAUCUAACCAAGUCUAUUGAAGGCAUCAAUUUGUGCAAUAUGAAGUCUUCCGUGUCCUGGUAUCAAUAUAAAUCAAUCAAUUUUAUAUUGGACUUGGACGAUUAUAAAAAGCUCAAUUCAGAUGAAUUUGACAGAUGUGCUACGAACGAAACUUACACGGAGGUCCUCAAUAUUACUUACGCUAGAUGUAAACAAAUGUAUUCGAAGUUGCAGAGUGUUCACUCCGCUCGGCGCACGUGGCUGACGGUGACCGGCGGCUUGGCCGGCUUCCUCGUCGGCUUCAUGUUGCUCCUGUACCUAAUGCACCGACACAAUGUGGCCCAAACCAAGGCCCCGGCUGAGAAGAUUAAGAAGAUAGUGCCCAGAAACGACAGCGACAGACACGCGGCAGUGCCCAUCCUUAAUACUGAAGCGAGAGAUGUAUCAACUUAGCGACGCUUUCUUUAUUACCUUGAAUUGAAUCAAACGAGCUUGUUUAAUAUGUUGAGAAGACCUAUAGUAAAACGUGUUUAUAAUUUUCACCGCAAUAACACCAAAGAACUGAUAGUCUUAUUUAAAUUACUAUAAAGAUUAAUGAUAUGAAGAUCUGAUAUUAGUAGUUAUUUAGUACGUAGGUACUUUGAUGAAGGGUAUGCCACGUAAUGAUGUAAUGCACUUCAACGUGUUCUAACGAAUAUGUAAAAAUGCACAAAUGCAUUUCAAUUUAUUCACUCACGAUUCAAUUAGAACGAACGGAUCGAACAUAGCGUAAACUAGAGCUAACUAUAAGAAAAUGGAUGACCAAUUGUAAGUCAUAAAAUGCCUAAAAGCUCGGUCGCUUUGUUGAACUCUUUCUAAUUUCACAUCUUAUAGUAAUAUAGACACGAAUAAGAAUUAUGGUCAAGUAGACGUCGUCUCAGAGAAGACGGCCGUCAGCAUCACUUUUAUUUUAGAUUUUAGAGGCUUUUAAAAGGCUGACUACUAUUUAAUUAUUUUGCUAUACCUAACUAAUAAAUUUACAAUACAAACGUAGAUAUUUCUAGAUUGACAACUGUACCAUAAAAUUAACCAAAGGGAACGAACGAAUCCACAUUUUGUCGUACGCCAUGGGUGUACUAGUCGUAAUUUUGCAGUGUAACAGACAAUUAAAUCAUCAAAAUGAAACAAUAAUGUACAUACGCAUUGUACGAUCAUUUUUGUAUCAAAUGAUUAUAAAUUAUGCGAAUAGUUGAAAAUAUUAUUGUCAAAUCUUUAGUUACACUUUACGUCAUUUAAUUAUUUAGAAUGUUUUGUUUCGAGUCACCGAUUUAUGUGCGUAUAAUUUAAGAACUGUAAUAUAUAUUUUUACAUGUCAGUCCAAAAUGUAGUCUAAGUUAUACUAAAAUCACUGUGAUAGAGUAUAAAUUGUUAUUUUUAAUAAAAUCAUCAUAAUAAA